CCCCAGAAAUUCUUAGGUGUUGUCAUCGUGUUCCUUAGUUUGGUGUGUUUUACACUGGGCGUACGGGCAGAAUUUAAGACGUUCACAAUGCGACUUUAACGGCAGAUUUGUUUUCUUUUUCUAUAGAUGGUUAGGGUCGGUUCACGUUUUUCUCUUAUAGUACACAGGAAAAAAAAGACAUUUAAGUAUCUACGGAAACCAACAAUCGUAUACUUCAUACGAAGGCUAGCUUAUAAGCUACUAGCUAACGCCUGACGCUAGCUAGCUAUGGAGGAGAAGAAGGAGGAGGGAGAAGCGGAGAUCCAAGAACACGGCCCGGAGCACUGGUUCUCCAAAUGGGAACGACAGUGUCUAGCGGAGGCCGAGCGGAGGGAUGAUCCAAACGAGGAGGAGACGGAACAAGGCCAACAGAAACUGUGGCACCUCUUCCAGAACUCGGCUACCGCGGUAGCACAGCUCUACAAAGAUAGAGUAUGCCAGCAGCAAGGCCUCUCCCUCUGGGUGCCCUUCCAGAAUGCAGCCACAGCUGUCACUAACCUGUAUAAAGAGAGUAUGGAGGCCCGCCAACGGAGCUAUGACCUGGGCAUCCACUUGGGCCACCAGCGCAGGAAUAAGGAUGUGAUUGCAUGGGUUAAGAAACGCAGAAGAACUAUCAGACGUGAAGACCUCAUCAGCUUCCUGUGUGGCAAAGUUCCACCUCCACGGACAGCUCGCGCCCCGCCGAGAGUUGCGAUGGUGUCUUCAAGCAGACCGUCGCCCCCAGAGACGGGCAGUUCUGUGGAGACAGACCUGCAGCCUUUCAGAGAGGCCAUAGCAUUGCAUGGCCUUAGUGGUGCCAUGGCAAGCAUUUCUGUGCGUUCCGGUCCUCCUGGAUCUCCAACUCACCCUGCCCAGUCACUCAGUCGUCGUAGGAAUGGUCUUCACGACGUGGACCUUAACACCUUCAUCGCUGAGGAGAUGGCGCUCCAUUUGGAUUCCACAGCCAAUCGCAAACGAGGCCCUGCCCCCUGUAGUGAUGUCAUCACAGACUCACCUACUCAUAAACGUAACAGGAUGCUCUGAACUUUUCCUACACCACUAAUCCCUCCUCUGUCCUCUCCUUGGUGGCCGAUUGGACAGCUGAUGAGGACUGAUGCCUUGGCCAACCUUUGAAAUCUUCCUCCUUUUCAUCUAAGUUGCAAUGCUACAAAUAAAGAACCUUACCUAUUACCAAUCCUCACAUUUUUUCCCUUUUCUUUCACCCCUCGUGUCACAUCCUCUCCAUAGAAGUUUUCUGUUUUCUUUACGGUUUGAUUGGUUGCCCACAGUAGAUCUGAUAGAGAAGUGAGCACACAUCACACUUGAAAUCCUUAAAUUGCAGAAUGUUGCAUUUAGAAAUUGUUUAUUUGGCUGGGCUCCUUUGUUCUUCGUAUCCUAUAAUCAGAUGGACCGGGUUAUUGCCUGCUGUUUGUAGUUCUAUUCCCCUCGUUCUUCAAGCAUACUUCCUCCUCCUCUGUGGAGUGCUGGCCAAACUUGACUGGACUUAAUCCCGGGCUCCUCGGGGGGCUGAACCACCUCCUUGCUGUGGGGUUUCAAAAUGCUUGUCAGCGUGUGUAUCUCAUUCUGCUGCUGCUUUGUGUGUUUGCAUAUCUGACAGCCGAACUGCCACUUACUGUGUUGUACUUGUCUUUGCCUUUGAGAAAGCUGCUACAGUAUCUCUGGUUGUUGUGCAACAGUGUGUGUGAGAGAGAGUGAGAGACUGUUUGUAUGUGUGCUUGUGGAUGCAGGGCUCUGGCAAAUCCUGCACCCACUCGACCGAAAUAUCCUGUUUUGCGUAAAUUCACCCCUUUUCCCUUUUUAGUUGCUCUUUGCAGCCCCUACCAGGGUUUUAUCACAAAGCAGGUUAGUCCUAUUUACACAGAUGAUUGUGACUCCUUACUGUCAAGAGUUAGCUCACAUUUGGAGUGUAUUUUUAACAAAGGUUUGCUCAAGUACCCAUGUCCUGCGUUCUUAUUUUCAAGUUUUCAAUCACACUGUUGCUAAAAGGUAUUGUCAUGUUUACAAAUAUAUGCUGUUUCCAUUUUAGCAUCAAAAUACAAAUCACUUCAAGCAUUUUAAAUUAAGAGCCUUUAGAGUGAUUCAAAGCUUGUAGUUUACCUUUUUUAUGUUAACAUUUGGCCCUUUGAUAGGAACAUAAACUUGUGCUUUGUCAUUUUGUCUCUUGUAUUCAAGAGAGUCCACACUCGUGAUUUCAGCUUUAAACUUAUAAAUGGACAGGGGGCAGAGACCUGUGAACUAGUUUGGGUCGAUGGCUGUGAUAUUUUAAUUUAGCUUAUUCACGGGCUAUUGGGUGUGAUGGUUCAGCAAAAGCUUGGGAUACUUGGUUAGCUUACUCCACAAACUGCUUUGUGAUACAAUCUUGUGUACUGUGUGUAAAUAACAUGUAGGUGCUGUUAUAUGUGGUACAUAUUGUAAAAAGAAGUGCAAAUCCAUUGGGUUGUCCAUGUACAAUAACAAUUCUGACAUUAAAGAAAAUACAAGCA